CCAACAUUCUAUUACGAAGUACAAGCAUAAGCAUGUUGUGCAUGAUAAGGAUCAAAAAGGUAUAUCGGCCUAUUGUAGUUGUUCUUAGAAACUAGACCACCCAUAAUCUUCGAUGGUGAAAGUUGUGCAAUUAUAAUUAAAUGGCCAAGAAGAGAGCCUUCGUCAGGUAUGCCGACCUCGCUUUUGUAUGUCCAUGUGUGAUUACAACAUAUAUUCGUGAAAAUCACAAUUCCUACUUUCGCACACCCCUGCUGCUGCUACGAUGGCGUACUCAACCUCGUCGACGCAAUAUCGUUCUGGGGAACGAAGCGCAGCCUGUGGUUUUCGCUCUACAUUAGGGAGUACGUUCUCCUUAGACCAGUUCGGUCUCUCAGGUAGCAUUUCUCUUGGAAACAGUCCUUCGCGAUUUGCUGUGCCACGUGUCUCCGUGUACAGCAAACUUGACGGACGAGGAGAUGCAGGACAAGCGCCUCAAAAUCGUCAUACAGACCACCAGAAGGUCGGUCGCGUUAGAGGUGGGGAAGAAACGGCGGAUGGCAUUGGCCAUGGCGACAAUGAUAAUCAUGUUAACCAGCUGCAACGCGCGUUGUUUGGUAGAUCUGGUGAAGCCGCUUCAGACAAAGGCUCAAGAUCCAAUAAUCGGCCGAGCGAGCUACUCACUAUCGUCAGGGCUGAUGGCGGAGUUACUUCUUCUGUUUCGCCGGUUGUACCGAAAGGCGACGAGGCCGCUGGUCGUGACGACGACGGGUUUCCGAUACCAGUGAACCUCCAAGCUCUUCUGCGGGGAGGCGGUUCGAGGGGAAAUAACAGCAAGUCCGGUAAAAAACGCGAUAAGAAAAUGGACAGUUGUGGACGAGGUCACGAUACUGAUAGCAGUCUCGGGAUCCCGCGGAAAAACGAAACCGCAGGCGGGUCUUCCUCUUCAACUGCACCUCCCACUCGAAAGAUUGAGUCCGGUGCACGAGGGCCCGGUGGAGUUUCGAAAGGGCAAGGCAGAAAUUCAAGCUCACCUAGCAAGAAGCUGAACAACCUUGUGCCCUCGUAUUUGCCGAGCGAAGACGACUACCUGCAGCUGCGACAUGGGAAGAUGUUUGCGCGUCGACUCGCGAAGCUGAAGGGUCUUGCAUUAGCCGACGAGAACCCUCUAAUAGCCAAGGAUGAACCUGAUGCAGAGCGGGACCGCAAGUAUUUUGCAAAUACUCUAAGUAGCAGUUUGACGGGCAACAGCACAAGCAAGAUUGCAAUGUCGGGUAGCCCUCAUAAGAAACUCGGGACACGGGGAGAGCUUCAUUUAAAGUUCCAGCACAGCGGAACCGCUCCCUUUUCACCCUUGCAAAUGCAAGGUGGGCUCUAUGCGGCGUCGUUAGCUGCAGAUGAAGAGCUCAACAAUACCAUAUCCUCAACCCCGUCUGUCGGCACUUUGACAAACUUUCAUCCUGUCGCUUCAACGGGCUUGUCAAGCAACCAGAGCAAGAAAACCAGGGGCAACCGUAGAAGCCAAGAUCAUAGCCUCGCCCAGAGUCGGAGGUACCAUGAUAAUAAUGAUAUUGAUGUUGAUCGUCGUGACCGACAAACAACUCACCCUGAGCGGGCACAACAUUUGGAGUCGAAGCACGUGCAUGCGUCGGAUCUUCAAGACAUCGGACGAGGUGUCGGAAAUCAAAAUAGUGGCAAAGCCUUUGACACGGUCGCAUCCAAGUCGCUACUCGAUUUGCGAAAACUUCAGACCGUCAAUGAGAGCAGUCCUUUAUCGUCAGGCGGCCAAGAAAAUGCAAGGAAAACAUUUGCAGCCAUGUGCUCGUCAACAUGUGCCGCAAACUUUGCGCCGAGUCCCGUCGAUGCGCGAGGAGGUCUGAAUGCACGUGAUGCGGCUAGCGGCGUCCUCUACUACACCGAGGAGAGUCAGGGCCACCACGACCAAGGGGGCGACGAAGAUUAUGAGGAUGACAAAGAUCAUUUUGAAGACGUCGGAACGGGAGCUGAUGAAGAUGAACUGUUUGGAGCAGCAAUGGAGAAUAAGAUCAAAACUCGCGACCGCACCAAGAACAUGCAGACGAAGAACGUGUACGAGGGUGAGGACGCCAUGGGAGGACAAAACCCAUCCUCAUCUGCGACGAAAAAGAAGAAACCACGCGCGCGGAUAAAGCACGAUGAAUCUGACAUAGACCUGUCCGAUCCCGAGUACGGAAAUGUGACAGUGGCGCAAAUGAGGAAAGUGAGCAAAGAGGUCCAGGCUUCGGAGGCCAGAAAACUAAGUAAAGAAUUCGAAAAAUCUAUGAGCAAAAAACACGACGCAAAAACGCCUCCUGGUGGUCCAGAAGCAAGUGCCUUCGUGGACGACGCUGCACUUUCUUGUGCGGGUUCGUAUUUGACGGGCUACUCGCCGCAUAAGGUGUAUCUGGAUGCCUUCGGUGACACGUCGACGCCAGGAGUCCUUCAGCUAAGCCCCAUCCGUGUGAGCGUUACCGGGAGGUCGCCGAACGAGAAGAGUGCACGAAGGAAGCGCAGAAAAUCUAGAUCUCCGAAAAAGUCGGCUCUUGCAGGUGACACAUUGGAAACAAGAACCAUAGACGCGGCUGUCACCUACGAUCAAGUGAAUUAUCAAAGGUAUCAAAAACUUACACUCCUCGAAUCCCAUUCCCAGUAACUAAGUGUAAGUACAAGAAAGAACUCCCAAGCGACCACCGACUCAGUAGAGUGACUAAUAAAUAUUAUUUUGAAAGUUCUACUAUGUUCAAUGUAUGACUUCGAUGACAUGAGUUUUCCAUGGAGGAUUGACUCGCGAAUUUUAAGCAGCAUGAUCUCCGUGAGUAUGAGUAAACUAAAGAAGUUAACUUACUACAAAGGAAACUGCAAUCAAGUAUCUAUGUCUCCCACUAGGUAUAUUCCGCAGUACGGUCCAGUUCGCGGAGCCGCUCGACAUGGCGCUAUGACCCUGUAUCAGAUCGAGGAACCCGAGGAAGGAGAGAGCUUUAUGGAAAAGGUAGCGCGACUGAGCCUUGACGACACCAUCGAGAGCCGUGACGAAAUUGGGAAGAUCAGGCAGGAAAUCGAGGGUGCCGACGCUUGGCUGCGUGAGCAGGAAGAAAGCCAGCUGUUGGACGAAGGAGACGCUCGCAAGAAGAAAAAGUCGCAGAAUAGCACCAAGAAGAGUAGAUCGGCAGACGGGAGGACGGUUGGGGUCGGAUCAUCAGAAGAUGCCUCUCGCCGCGGGCUUGCGUCGCAAAAUGUGCCACCGUUACCUCUAGCACCUUCGACUCACGAGCAAAGUGGCGCUUUUGACAUCACUGCCGAGUCAAUGGGGAGCUCGGUCUCACGGAAAGAGGAUGCGCCACGUCGUGGCGGUGGCACACGGCGUUACCUUGUGUCGGAGGAAAUUGCCGGAAGCACGCAUUUGUCCUCCUUUUUUGGAUCGACCCUGAUGUCCAGGGCCGACGUUAGCUUUACUGGCGUCACCUCCGCAGCUCCUGCAGAACCUGGAUCCGUAGCACCUACAACGACUUUUGGCGACAGGGUUGCGAAACAAUACGCGGCUUCUUCAUUGUCAUCUCCGCAGAAGCUACCCGGUCACUCGUCGUUGAGCGCCUCAGCAUUUACGUCUCCGUAUGGAGAACCUCCGCCGAUUAAGAACUACAACAACCAAGAAAUGUCGGCGACGAUGCGGCCUCUAAGGGUAAAAACGCCAACAGGUCUUAUGUCGCCUUUAGACUAUACUGCGAACCAGAGCAAGCUUAGCACAACCUUCGGACACACGAUGAGUACAAUGCUGCCAGGAGCAGCAUCGACGUUGGCAGGUGGAUCGACACUGGCAGGUGGCGCGAGCAGUAUCGCGGAAACGCACACAGCAUGGGUAGCCCCCUGACACGAUAGGUAUUUCUACAUCAGCAAGAAAGCAUUGACAUAGUGAUAGAACGAGUGAGUGUGGUCUAGAAAUGUUUUUUUGACGUAGCUCACAUACACAUACUCAUACAAGAUUGAAUUUCACAAUCUCUAAGCUCAACUGACUGAUGACCCUUCAAAUGCAUAAAUACAUUUUGUACCACGCAACGACUCAAACGCUUAACAACGAAUGCUUGCAUCUAUGUUUAGUUUUGGUGAUGAACGAGAUGGGCGAGAAGCUGCUACUACAACUACUAGAACUAGAUGAAGAAGAGAUUAGAGUUAGAAGUAGAUGUAGACAUGACUGAAACUUCUAAACCAGAAGGUGACCCACCUUGCAUAGAAAAAAAAAAGAAAAGUGAAUUAUAGUUGCUCAACUUCCUUGUCUAGUCCAUAGGUAGCUUCCCCUGCACAGAUACUGCAAUAUUGGAUGAAGAUGGAUAUCACGACAAGAAAUAAGGAUAGUACUAGUACUAGUGCUAAUGCAUACUUGGUUGAAGAUGAAUACCUUCUACGACAAUGUCACAGUGUGCAUACAGCCUUAAUAGUUUUCACUUAGCUUCCAGCAGAAUUCAGACGUUCAUUUGAAGGCCCAACUCUAGCUACAGGAGAUCCAAUCC